AUGAACAAUGUAGGGAAUGGGGGGUUUGCCGGCGUGAUUGACACGGAUCAGAUGGCGUUGCAAUUGGAACAAGGAUUUGCAGUAGCGGGCGGUGACUCCGGCCAUCGACUGGCAGGUAAUGGGGCUGGGGGCUCGGGGUCUUAUAUCCCGUUCCUCAACGACGUGGAGGAAACAAAGGCAUGGAUCCAUGAAUCCAUUGCAAUCUUCACGGAACCAACCCGCAAAAUCACUACUUCAUUUUACAAACGGCCUCCCCGUCACAGUUAUUAUCAUGGAUGCUCGACUGGAGGCGCCCAGGGCUUUGCACUGGCUCAGUUCCAUCCUCACCUCUUUGACGGCAUCUAUGCUGGGUCUCCAGGGAACUGGUACUCUCAUCUCAUGCUUUCUUUCCUAUGGAAUGGGCGCCAUGCAAAGGCGGAUGGUUUCAUUGAUCAAGCUGCUCUCAACGCUACCACAGAAGCAAUACUCGAUGCCUGUGAUGAGCUCGACGGGGUGAAGGAUGGCCUCAUUGGGAACCCACUUGGUUGCAAUUUUGACAUCGAUUCACUGGCCUGUUUACGUGAAGUCAGUACCUCUUUGACAAACCGAACCUGCUUAAAUCCCGUGCAAUUGGAGUCACUGAAGGCCAUCUACGCUGGGCCAAUGGACACGACGACUAACACAACCAUCUACCCGGGCUUCAGUCUGGGGUCUGAAAGAGAGUUGCUAGCGCAAGAAACUUCGCUAUAUGAGGCAUUUGCCGCGCCAGUUCUACAAAAUUUGGUAUUUCACAACGUUUCCUACGAUAUCGACACAUUCAGCUUUGGGCUCGAUGUUGCAAAGGUUGACGAGGUGGCCGGCCCGCUCAUUGACGAGAUCGGAGUCGAUCUCAGCGCGUUCCGACGCCAUGGUGGUAAGAUGAUUGUGACGCAAGGCUGGGCUGAUUCCCUCAAUGCGGCAACGUGGCCCAUCCAGCACCUUGAACAGCUACAGCAUUCCAGUACUGAUACCUUGGUCUCCAGCUUUUAUAAUUUAUACAUGGUUCCUGGUGGUGGUCAUUGUGGUGCGGCAAAUUCAUAUCCUCAUGUGCCGGCUACAUACCAUGUUGAAGAGGCACUCGUCGCAUGGGUAGAGGGAAAUACGUUUCCUAACUACAUUCUAUCGUCGAAUCCUCCUGAUGGCUCCUCGCGGACGCGCAAACUCUGCCCUUGGCCGAAGACGGCGAAGCUUCGGUAUCAAGCAAAUCCCAAUGUAGCUGAAAGCUAUGAAUGCGUCCAUGACUGA